AUUUUGUUAUGAAAUUGGAAUGCAUCUUAAACAAUAUUUUUUUUUAGUGUAUAUCUUGUUUUAUAUUUUCUCUUUCAUUUAAGACAAAUGGGGUUAUUCUGAAGAAUGUUGUGGCUGUUUCUUUUUACAUGAAAUGAAAGUGAAUGGCAAUGGGGCUUGUGAAAGAAAGUAACAAAAGAGAUCCAUUCAACUUGUUUGCUAUGUUACAACACUUAAAACCUCCGUAUUCUGAAGAAUAUAAAUCUGUUUUUGUGGCUCUUUCUACGUCACUUCCUAUGUUGUAUUUUCUGUCUGCACUUAUAUUUUCUGUGACUUCCUUGUUUUCAACUAAACCAAAAAUCUCUGAGAACACAUCUCCUGUCAGGUUAAUGAAAUGGACUCAAUCUAUGAAAAUGUUGCUGACCUACAUUCAAUAACUGAUACAGUUGGCAAAAGACCUCAAAACAAAGGUAACCCCACUCAAAAGCAAGAAAAACAGAGAGAAGACCCUUCUUCCAAGUGGAGUAAAGUUUUUCUGAUAAUUCUCAGUGUCUCUCUUGCUUUCGCUCUUGGAGGCGUCUGUGCUCUCUGGAUACUUUAUGUUAAUAAGAUUGCAGAUUUUGAAUCACGGAAUGAACAGUACAUUAUGGUUUCGAAGCAACUGUUGGCUCAAGAGAAAAACAACAUAAUCAUGAUGAAAGAGCUUGAGGAACUUAAAUCCAACUACAGUGAAGUUACAGAACAGCUCCUCUUUAAUGCUGCUCAGAGUUGCAAUAUCUCUUUGGGUGGCUGGAUAUCUUGUCUUGGAAAGCUAUAUUUCUUCAGCUCUGGUAAACUUAACUGGUCAUGCAGCCAGGAUGACUGUGUUUCAAAAGGAGCUAACCUGGUCACCAUAACCAGUAAACAAGAACAGGAAUUCUUGGUCUCUAAAAUUAACAUGACUCACUGGAUUGGUCUUAAUGAUCUGGAUACUGAGGGACACUGGGUUUGGGUGAAUAACCAAACUCUAGAUACACAAGUACAGUUCUGGUUCAGUGUGGGGCAAAGAGAACCUGAUAACUGGAAGGAAGAGGAUCCUUUAGGAGAGAACUGUGCAAGUCUGGGAGAUCAUUUAGGCAAUUAUAACACUUGGUUUGAUGCUUCUUGCAAAAAACAUAAAAGGUAUAUCUGUGAAAGAAAUAUUAAUUUAACUCCAUCAGUGAAAUGGAAGAUGUCUGUUUAGUGUAGACUGAAAAAAAAAAAAAAACAUUUAGCAAAUUGUACCGUUUCCUGGAAAUCAGGCCACCACCGCAUGCAGAUGCACACUUCUGUUUUUCUCCGCAGCUCGUUCUCUGUUCCAUUUAAAUCACAAAGUAAAACACGCAGCCAUUUUUGCCACUGUUUCUGGUUUAUUACAAAUCUGUAUUCCUGGAGGGGUACUGAACCCAGGACAACUCACAUCAACAGCAAAGAUCAUACCAUUGGACCAACACGUUGACUAAAUUUACAAGGACACCAGAAAGCGAUUUAUUUCGAGAAAGAGGGUUACUAAGAGAAAACAGCAUUCAGCUUUACACUGUAUAAGUACUCUUUACCCCCAUAUACAUGAGGCUCGGUCAGUAAGCAGCUUUCUCCACAGCAAUGUAAUUCCCAACAAACAUGGCAUUCGAGGCUCUAGAAUUUACUCAGAAUAGCACCAAAGACAAAAAACAUCCAGUGAGUGGCAGUUCAGUGGAUGGAAAUGUCUUGCUGAUGAGAGAGGUCAACAGAGAAUGGCAAAACUGGUUCGAACUGACAAAAUCUACGGUAACUCAGAUAACCGCUCUGUACAAUUGAGGUGUUUGUUUGUGCUGACGAUAUUAGGCAGGUGGUUUUAAUGUUGUGGCUGAUCGGUGUAGAUGUCAAGAUAUUGUUCAAAAGAUUAAGCACUGUAGUGGGACUUACCUGUGUAAAAUGUCUCUACUUCAUUUUUAUUUUACAAACUGGGUGUAUAUUUUCACAUAUUCUAUCAGGAAACUUAUAUGUGCCAUGCGUGUAAACUCUUUCAUGAACUGGUGUGAAGUUUCAUUUAAUUUUCUUUGAGCACACUGUUUAUAAAAAUUUUUUUUUUAAAAAAUACUGUUUUCUUUUAAUGUGUCAUGAUUAAAUAAAUGUUAUUUUUUGUAACAUAUUAUAUGUUAGAAGCUUAGAUUAUAUUCAAAUAAUAUUACAGGCAAAUAAAUUCAGUGUUUUCAUCUGUAUCAUCUGUACAGAAAUGAUUAUGUCAGCGACUUUCUCUGUCUUUUUGUUUUCCAAUUUUCCUCAAUUUUCUCUGCACCAGUCCUGCUGAGAGAGCUUGAGGAUCUUAAAUCCAACUUCGCAGUUUAUCAGUCACACCUUAUUAGGUGGCCUUAACUACUGUGUACUAACAUUAAAUACACACAAGACUAUGUAUACAAGACUGUCACCAAGACAAAUUCCUUGUAUGUGUAAGCAUACAUGGCAGUAAAGCUGAUUCUGAUUCUUCUCAGUGUUAGAGAACAGCUCCUCUUGAAUGGUCACGAGUUAUAUCUGUUUUAUAUUCAUGCA